AUGUCGAUCAAGUCGCACCCCAGACACCCGCCGGUCGUCAUGUCGACCAUCACCGAGCAGAUCGGCAACACUCCUCUUGUUCGCCUUAACAAGAUCCCGCAAGCGCUCGGCCUCAAGCCCACCAUCUAUGCCAAGCUCGAGUUCUUCAACGCCGGUGGCAGUGUCAAGGACCGCAUCGCUCUUCGCAUGAUCGAAGCCGCAGAGGCCUCAGGCCGCAUCCACCCUUCAAAGACCACACUGAUCGAGCCCACCUCUGGAAACACUGGUAUCGGUCUUGCUCUUGUAGGAGCCGUCAAGGGUUACAAAGUCAUCAUCACUCUGCCCGAGAAGAUGUCCCAAGAGAAGGUCGCCGUCCUCAAGGCUCUCGGUGCUGAGAUCAUCAGAACCCCGACUCAGGCCGCCUACGACAGCCCUGAGAGUCACAUUGGUGUUGCCAGAAGACUGGAAAAGGAAAUCCCUGGUGCCGUCAUCCUGGACCAGUACAUCAACCCGGACAACCCAAGAGCUCACGAGCUCGGCACUGCCGAAGAGAUCUGGGCUCAGACCGACGGCAAGAUCACUGCCCUCGUCGCCGGUGCUGGUACCGGUGGCACCAUCACUGGUCUGGCAAGAGGUAUUAGAAAGCACAACAAGGAUGUCAAGAUCAUCGCUGCCGAUCCUCAAGGCAGUAUCCUUGCUCUACCUGCCACUUUGAACGACGACCACAAGGACAAGCCCUACAAGGUUGAGGGCAUUGGCUACGAUUUCAUUCCUGACGUUCUGGAUCAGCAAGGCGUCGACCACUGGUUCAAGACCGAUGACCGCACAAGUUUCGAGUACUCGAGAAAGUUGAUCAGAGAAGAGGGUCUCUUGGUCGGAGGAAGCAGUGGCAGUGCCAUGGCCGCCUGUGUCAAGGCCUGUGUAGACCUUGACCUGACUGAAGAUGAUGUUGUCGUUGUUGUCCUGCCCGACAGCAUCAGAAGUUACUUGAGCAAGUUCGUUGACGAUGAUUGGUUGGCCGCAAACGACCUUCUCCCCGCUGCUCCUCCAUUCUCCACCCCGACCGCACCGAUCGCCAAGUCAGAAGACAGCAAGAGCAAGGAUGGCUACGGUGAUGCUACAAUUCGGGAUCUGCGCCUGAAGCCUGUCACAACCAUCUCGGGAGACUCUGCCUGUGGUGAGGCCAUCGAGACCAUGCGUGAGAAGGGCUUUGAUCAGCUUCCCGUCUCUAAGGGUACUGGCUCGCGCCUUGUGGGUCUCGUCACACUCGGAAACCUUCUGUCGUACCUGUCGUCUGGUCGUGCAUCUGGCCACUCUCGCGUCAGCGAUGUCAUGUUCGACUUCACCAAAAUCAACGAGGUCGUGACAAAUACUCAGGACAUCAGCAUCAAGACUCCCGAGGAACGCAAGAAGGCAGCUACAAGCAGCGAGACCGAGAGCCAUCCCCAGCGUAGACAGUUUGUCGAGAUCACAAAAGAUACCAAGUUGAGUGCGUUGAGCCGCUUCUUCGAGUACAACAGCGCGGCCAUUGUCACCGAAAAAAUAUCAGACAAGGGUGGGUACAAGGCUGUGGGUGUUGUGACGAAAGUCGAUCUCCUCACCUGGUUGGUAAAGUCGUCGAACAAGGAUGGAAGCAACUAA